CGCAUGUAAACCUCCUGUGUGUUGAACUUGGCCCGGUUGUUGUGGUACAUUUUGCGAUCCUAUUGGUGUUUUGCAACGAACCAUGGAGUCCGUGGUACUAGGGAUCUUUGGAUCACUAUCGGUCCUGGCCUUUGUUGUGAACUUGGUGCAAUCGGCCAAGGGUAACGCCGGUCCUAAGGAAGAUGUGCAAUCAAAUGAGGCCAGAUUGAAGUUCAAAAAACUGCAAUAUAAGUUUUUCGGUGCCUACUUCCUAGCUGUAUUUGGCGAUUGGCUCCAAGGACCCUAUGUAUAUCAAUUGUAUGCCAAAUAUGGAUUUGCAGAGAGCCAAAUUGCUUUGCUUUUUCUCACCGGAUUCGCUUCCAGUUCCACAUUUGGGACCUUCUCUGGACCCAUGGCGGAUAAGUAUGGGCGGAAAAAGAUGGCCAUGAUGUUUUGCAUCAUUUACAGCUUCUGCUGUGUCAUCAAAUUGGUCAACAAUUUCUGGAUUCUUCUCAUGGGACGGAUAAUGGGUGGCGUCUCCACUUCUUUGUUAUUUAGUGUUUUUGAAUCGUGGUAUGUGAAGGAACAUGUGGAUGUGCAAAAGUUGAACCCGAAAUGGUUGUCCCGAACCUUCUCAACCACCACUUUUGCCAAUGGCCUUUUGGCCAUUUUGGCCGGAUUGGUGGCCAAUUUUUCCGCCGAAACCCUUGGUUACGGUCCGGUGGCCCCUUUCAUGAUUGCUGUGGCCUGUUUUGCACUCUGCUUGGUCGUCAUCAUAGCUACCUGGGAUGAAAACUAUGGCAAUCCCGACUCGCACUUGUUGCAAUCCUAUAAGGAGGGACUUUCCUUGAUUAUGAACCAUCGACACAUUUUGUUCCUCGGUCUUGUCCAAAGCAUCGUUGAAAGCUGCAUGUAUAUUUUUGUCUUCCUCUGGACCCCCGUCAUGAGCGACGGUGUGGAAGGAGCUCCAUUGGGGCUGAUCUUUUCCUCGUUUAUGGUGGCCAUCAUGUUGGGUUCCUCCUACUUUUCAUAUCUGGUGCAAAAGGACGACACCACUCCCAAAGACACGUUGCAUCGAGCCACGACCCUUUUUUGUCUGGCAACCUUUGUUUCAAGCAUAACAGCUGGCCCUGGAUCUUCAUAUAUUAUCAAGAUCGUGACGCUCUGCACCUUCAUCGCUUUGGAGUUCUCUAUCGGACUGUACUUUCCCUCCAUUGGAUGCUUGCGGGGCGAGUUCAUUCCGGAAUCUCAUCGGGCAACGGUGACCAAUUGGUUCAGGGUGCCCAUGAACCUUAUCACCUGCGUUACGUUAUUGGCUGUGAAUCACCCUGCGGUUGCUAAGGACAAACGUUCAAUUUUCGCCACUUGCACCGGUCUUCUUAUCACCGGAGUGCUUAUUUGUGCUAAAUUCAGGAGCUUAACGAGAGGUCUCAAACGAGAUUAGCCAUUUGUCCCAGUGAUUGUUAUCGUUAUAAUCGUUAUUGUUGUUUGCUCACGUGCAUCAAACUUGAGGAAAGAGAAAUAAAGAUCAAGCAGAUUAGUA